GGUUUGGAGGCGUACCAAGAUAACAAAUAAGAGUACUGCUUAGAAAUCUACGACCAAAGUGCAUUUAUAUGCGGUUUAAUGUACUGUUAGAUGUCCGCCGCAUAGCUUGUCAUUUACAUCGAUCUUUCCAAACAAUGAGAUUCGUGCAAUUUGAAGAAGGUGGCCGCCGCAGGGUAGGAGUUGAGAAGGAGGAUGGAGGAGACGUCGUGGAUCUUUCUGCAUUUGACAAGAAUAUUCCAACAGACAUGAGAAGUUUCCUGGAGGGAGGACAACCUAUGAUCCAAGCUGCAAAGAGUGCUGUUGAAAGUGGUAAUUCUUCUCUGAUAUUGAAGAGAGACAGUGUCAAGCUGCUGGCACCUGUCACCAACCCAGACAAGGUCCUCUGUGUGGGUAUGAACUAUGUGGACCACUGUGCAGAGCAAAACCAGCCUGUCCCCAAAGAACCUGUGUUGUUCAGCAAGUUCCCCAGCACCAUUAUAGCAUCAGGGGAUGAUCUACAGUAUCCUGAAGAAACACAGGAAUUGGACUGGGAAGUUGAAAUGGUUAUUGUUAUUGGAAAGGGUGGAAAGAAAAUCAGUGAAAAUGAAGCGAUGAGUCAUGUGUUUGGGUACACUGUGGCACAUGAUGUGAGCGCUCGUGACUGGCAGAUGAGGCGUAAUGGAGGGCAGUACCUGGUGGGGAAGUCCAUGGAUUGCUUCUGUCCGCUUGGACCUGCCAUUGUCAUGAAGGAGGAUCUGAGUGAUCCACAUAAUCUUGGCCUCAGAUGCAGAGUGAAUGGAGUUACAAAACAAGAUAGCAACACAAAGAACCUGGUCUUUAAAACAGAAAGUAUUAUAGCUUUUGUAUCGAGGUUGUUCACUUUAAAGGCAGGUGAUAUCAUCUUGACAGGAACGCCACCUGGUGUGGGGUGCUUCAGGAAACCUCCAGAAUAUUUAAAGAGAGGUGAUGUGGUGGAGGUGGAGGUAGAUCAGAUUGGAAAAGUAGUCAACAAAGUGGUGUAACCUGUCAGCACAUUCCAGGUGACCUUGAACUGUCACUGCUAAUCAGAGAUAAUUCCUAAGUGAUAAUAAUUUGCCAUAUGACCUAUGCACAUCUGUGUACAUUAUGGAUAGAUACAUACUCAACAUGAUGGGAUCUAAAUUAAUAAUGUCUAUGGGAGUACACGCAGAAUCUUAAUAAUGUCUAUGGGAGUACACGCAGAAUCUUAAUAAUGUCUAUGGGAGUACACGCAGAAUCUUAAUAAUGUCUAUGGGAGUACACGCAGAAUCUUAAUAAUGUCUAUGGGAGUACACGCAGAAUCUUAAUAAUGUCUAUGGGAGUACACGCAGAAUCUUAAUAAUGUCUAUGGGAGUACACGCAGAAUCUUAAUAAUGUCUAUGGGAGUACACGCAGAAUCUUAAUAAUGUCUAUGGGAGUACACGCAGAAUCUUAAUAAUGUCUAUGGGAGUACACGCAGAAUCUUAAUAAUGUCUAUGGGAGUACACGCAGAAUCUAACCAAGUCAGUGCAAUGCAUCAUGAUAAACAGUUCAGGUGCUGUGUAUGUAAUAAAAAUUAAAUCAGGCCCAUAGCCAGGUGGGGUUCGGGGGGUUCGAAAGAACCACCCUUUUUGUUGGAG